GAUUAUUAAACCCGCUUCUCGCAAAGUUUCAAAAUGUGGUUAUUUAUUCGUUGCACCAGAUUGGGACUUCAGUAAUCCUCUCUACAGAACUAAGAGAUGGCAAAGAAGAUGGUUCGUUUUAUAUGAUGAUGGUGAACUCACUUAUUCAGUCGAUGAGCAUCCCGAGACUGUACCACAAGCCUGUAUUGAUAUGACCAAAGUUUUAGAGGUAACCACAGCCGAAGAUGUAACCGGUCAUACAAAUUCGAUUGCCAUAACGGCUCCCGAUCGUGUUACAUUCGUCAAAGGUACCUGUCCGGAAGAAUCAAAAUGGUGGCUUAACACCUUGGCAGCGUUUCCCAAAUCAAAGGGACGUCACAAACGUAAUGCCACAUUUCCGGGUGCCCAAGCUACCACAAUAUUACAAUCAACUAAUUCCGAUGCAGCUAACGUUAAUGCAACAACACGUAAUCGUCAUAAUUCCUAUCAUAAGGAUAUUUUAACGUCCACCCAAUCAACUGGUGUUUUAGCUUCAACUACCGUUUCGACGUCGUCAUCAACAACAACAACAUCAUCAUCAGCAGCAGCUACGACAGCAAACGCAGCGGCAAUGGCGUCAAAACAAGAGAAAAAAUCAUCGUCAGGCAUCAAGAGCAACGGUAGUUCAAAAUUAUGGUCGCAUAAUGAUGUUGUUGUUACAACAAAACCGACAAUAACGACUAGUAAAAAUGCUGCAGGCAUUAAAAAUAAUCAUAAUGUUGGUCUACGAAAUGUUGCUGCUGUCAAUAAUAACAAUGUCGAUGAUGAUGACGAUGAUGACGAAAAUGAGGAAGAUGAUGCUGAUGAAGAAGAUGAUGGUGUUGAAACGGGUGAGGAUGAUGAGGAAGAUGAGUGUGAUGAAGAGGAAGAAAGUGGUAACUCAACGGGUGAGGAAUGUAAUACCAAAAAGAAAUGUUCAAUGGCUGGAACAAGUGUUCAUGAUGAAAAUAAUCGUAAUGCUGUUAAUGAAAUUAAAAAUAGAGGUAAGUUACAAUUUUUUUCAAAAAUUUAUGAGAUAUUAACAUAUUUUCAAAUGAUUUAAAAUUGUUUUAUUUAAAUAUUUAUUGUUCUCAA